UUGAAUCCUAGGUGGUAUUACCCACCAAGUGCUCCUCUGUUAGGUCUGUCGUGGCUUGUUACGAUAAAGGAUAUACUAGGUAUUGAGCCUGUAAAACUUGACAAGGACGAAUUGAAAGAGAAAGUGAAACAGUCCUGGUUAUAUCGGAAGUACGGUAAGUACACGGAGGCAGUGCAAGUUUUGGAAAUGGCUCUUGAAGAAGCUAAACAACGCAACGAGCCAUUGCCGAUAACACGUGUUUAUGAUGAACUGGCCAAUACUUAUUAUGAAAUGGGCAACUUCGAAGACGCUAUGAUACAUUUCCAAGUAGUAGUAAACCGAUUAAUACAUCUGCAUGGAAAGAGGGAUAGCGAUCAAGAAUUCAUAGGAAUCUCCUUGAAAAUGGCUGAUAUUUUGGCAAGAAAGGGCCAGCUUGAUGAUGCUGAGACGGGGUAUUCACACUGUGUUCGGAAACAAAUGCAGGUUGUCGAUGAGCACAUGAAAAAACACAGUGUUGCCCACGGAGCACUUGUACAAGACAGAUAUAUGGUCGACACUUUAGGACCAAUUUAUACGGAUCCAAUUGCCCUAUUUGGAAUGUCGCUGGAGAGAUUUGCUCAUUUUCUGAUUUCUUAUCAGAUCUACGGGGCAAAUUCUUUUCACACAAUUAAUUUACUUGGCAACUUCGGUGCUGCUCUUAUUCUUAGAAAUAGGUUUGAGUUGGCUUUAAAAUAUCUCUCGAUCGGUAUUGAACGGAUACUCUACGUAAAUGAGUGUGCCAAUAUGAUUCCUGGAUACUACUGCAACUAUGCUGAAGCGCUCUUCCAUGUCGGUAGGAAGGUUGAAGCUCUCGAAUGGGCUAGAAAGGCUGUGCUAUUAAGCAAGUCCGAAGAACCUCGUAUUCAAGAGUAUGCUCAUAAGUUUCUACGUGAUUUAGAAAAAGACGCAAAGGAAAAACGACAACGGUCCUGGUGGUUCUUUUAG